UGUAUCUCUUCUGUUCCUCUCAAUUUGCUUUUCUCCUUUUUUUUUUUCCCCACUCCUACCAAAUCUGCAUACAAACAAACUUACUCCCACGUAAAGAGAGAAGAGAUCAUCGCAAAUCACAAACUUUCCCAUCUUGUGUCUCGCGUUGGUCGGUAAUGGUGAUGGAGGACAGUGAAAGCUGCGGCAGCAGAGUUGCAAGCGAGGCCACGCCCUCGUCACAGGCGGCGCAGGACCGUCGGCAUCGGCAGAAGGUUGAGGUUUACACUGAGGUUCUCCGCCGUCUCCGGGAUUCUAACAUCGAUGAAGCCGAUCGCCCUGGUUUCUACGAUGAGCUCUGGGCUCAUUUCAAUCGCCUCCCCACUCGGUAUGCCUUGGAUGUGAAUGUAGAGAGGGCAGAAGAUGUGCUGAUGCACCAGAGAUUGCUGCAUUUAGCUCAUGAUCCUGCAAACAGGCCCGCCAUUGAAGUUCGUCUCGUUCAGGUUCAACCCUCUGGGAUCUCAAAUGACUCUACUCCUUUGGAUUCUCUUGGUCAUGAAGCCGAUCAAAGUUCUCCUAGGCUCUCUACCAGAAAAAGCAUACAUCCACCGCCUGCAUUUGGUUCAUCGCCUAAUCUUGAAGCCCUUGCACUUGCAGCAAGUAGAUCCGAAGAUGAUGAGGGUGAAAACUCUGUGCAUGCCAAUUCACUGUAUUCACGGCCCUUGCAUGAGAUAACUUUUUCCACGGAAGACAAGCCUAAACUCCUCUGCCAGUUGACUGCCUUGCUUGCUGAGCUCAGGCUGAACAUUCAAGAAGCACACGCUUUUUCUACAACCGAUGGCUUCUCACUUGAUGUCUUUGUUGUUGAUGGUUGGCCAUACGAGGAAAUAGAUAGACUUAGAAUAGCAUUGGAGAAAGAAGCAGCAAAGAUUGAGAAUCAAACUUGGCCUAUGCAGCAAUCGCUUGCUCCUGAAAAAGAAAACGAUCAAACAGGUGCCAGAAAGAGCAACAAUCAUGUCGCAAUACCCAAUGAUGGAACUGAUGUUUGGGAAAUCAACUUAAAACAUUUGAAGUUUGAGAAGAAAAUUGCAUCCGGUUCAUAUGGAGACCUGUACAAAGGUACUUAUUGUAGUCAGGAAGUUGCCAUCAAGGUCCUCAAGCCUGAGCGUCUAGAUUCCGAGUUAGAGAAAGAGUUUGCCCAGGAAGUCUAUAUUAUGAGGAAAGUUCGGCACAAGAAUGUUGUACAGUUCAUUGGUGCAUGCACUAAGCCUCCACAUUUGUGUAUUGUUACAGAAUUCAUGCGUGGUGGAAGUGUCUACGACUACCUGCAUAAACAAAAAGGCGUCUUUAAGCUUCCAGCUUUGCUUAAAGUAGCAAUUGAUGUUUCCAAAGGAAUGAAUUAUCUCCAUCAAAAUAACAUAAUCCACAGAGAUUUGAAGGCUGCCAAUCUUCUAAUGGAUGAAAACGAGGUGGUCAAGGUUGCAGACUUUGGGGUGGCCAGAGUGAAAGCUCAAACUGGAGUCAUGACUGCUGAAACCGGAACAUAUCGGUGGAUGGCUCCAGAGGUUAUAGAGCACAAACCAUAUGAUCACAAGGCGGACGUUUUCAGCUUUGGUAUUGUGCUAUGGGAGUUGUUGACCAGCAAGCUUCCAUACGAGUUCUUGACACCAUUGCAGGCAGCUGUAGGAGUCGUCCAAAAGGGGUUAAGGCCUACGAUCCCGAAGAGCACGCAGCCAAAAAUAGCGGAGCUACUUGAGAGAUGCUGGCAGCAGGAUCCACAACUGAGGCCUGACUUCUCAGAGGUCAUAGAUAUCCUACUUCACAUUUCCAAGGACGUUGGGGAGGAGAGCGAGGAGAAGCGGAGAUCUUCCGGAGGAGGUGGUAUCUUCUCUGCACUUAGGAGAAGCAGUUUCCAUUUGAAAUCAAACUCACACAGCUGAAUGUAAAACAAAAUUCUUCAAAGCUUUUUUUUUUAAAAAAAAACAAAAUUGUAUAGUACUUUGGUCGGAGCAUUAUCCAAAAUAACCUCCUCUCGCUGAA